AUGCCGCCUAGAGAUAAGGGCAAAGGAAAAGGCCAGAACUGGAGUCAAGGCCAAGGCCAAGGUCGAGGUCGAUACCAGGGCCACUCUCAAAGUCAAAUAUCGUACCAAGGUCAUGGCGGGCAUCAAAGCUCGCACCGAGAACAGGGAAACAGAGGCGGUCGUGGAGGCUACAGACAGGCAUCUACAAACAAGGGAGAGAUAGCAGAGAUAUUUAAAAAGGAGCCUACCAGUCCGUCCAAAGAGGUUACAAAAGCCGAAAAUGAACUCCAGGCUAGUAUACAGAAGCAGACCAACGGCGAGCCUCGUAUGCCCGGAAGGCCGGGUUUUGGCACUUUGGGAACGCCGGUGAACCUUUGGGCCAACUACGUGGAGCUUAAGGCUGAUCCUAAGGUAACGAUAUACCGAUAUAGUAUCAGCUUCGGUGACCCGAAGAAUAAACCAACUGGUAGAAAGCUCUUCCGCACUAUUAGACUACUUCUCGACACCGUCAAAGAGUCUACAGCCGUUACUGAUUUCGCCGAUAUUCUCAUCUCGCUCAAGGAAAUCGAGGACGAGAAGACUUACGAUGUCGUCUAUUAUAAAGAGGGUGAAGCUGUCACAUCAGGAAAAUCGCAGACAUACCAGAUAAAGCUCAAACUAGAGAAGGUAUUCCCAAUUUCAGAACUGGUCGACUACUUGAAGAAUCCUCAGCAGACGUACCCAAAGGACCUUGUCAUUCAGACGCUGAAUAUCUUCUUGAAUUUUCACCCCAAGAUUUCUGAAAAACAUUACAUUGUUGGGUCUAGCAAAGCCUUCCCACUCGACGAUAGAAACCGUGUACGUAGUGUCUUCAAAGGGCUGUUAGCUAUGAAUGGCUAUUACACAAGCAUGCGGUUUGGGGCUAGGAGACUUCUUGCAAAUAUAAAUGUUGCUUGGGGGCCAUUUUACCGCGAGGGGGAACUCACCAGAUUGAUGGACGAUUUUUGGGAACAAAAGAAGGAAUGGGAAUUUACAGCGCUGGGCAAACAUCUCGGGAGAGUCAAAAUCGAGUAUAAGAUUCGAAAACGAGUCAAAACCAUCUUUGACCUCGCUUCGACAAAGGACGGCACCCAAGAAGGUAGCACUGAGAAGAUCGAAAAUCCGCCUAGGGUAUUGAAAUACGGAGCUCUGGCUCAUGAGGUGGAGUUCUAUCGUGAAAAGAAGCCUAAAGAGGGCGGAAAGAGUACAUGGGAAUAUAUCAGUGUCUACGAUCACUUUAAAGAAAUCGGGAAGCCUGUCCAGAAUGAUAUUUAUCCAGUAAUUAAUGUUGGCACACGCCAAGAUCCGGUCUAUUUACCGCCUGAACAUUGCACGGUUGUGGCUGGACAGAGGGCAAAGAAUCUGACUCAUUGGCAGCAUGCAAGAAUGGUCGAGGUAGCGACUAGAGAUCCACUGAUAAACGCGACCGAUAUCUAUUCGAAUGCCUUGGAGGCGCUUAGCUUCGUCAAGGCUAAUGAUAAAAUGAAAGCAUUUGGUUUUAGUGUCCCUGACAAAAAAUUAAUCACUGUUAGCGGUCGUGUCUUGGGCCAACCGACCGUUAAAUAUUAUAGUGGCGAACCUCAAAACAAUUACAAAUGGAAUCUGAGAGGGCAGAAACUGAAUGCUGGAGGCAAAUCUGCGUGCUGGAAGUGGAAAUGUGUAGCUAUAAUCCAGUCGUCAAAAAAUUUGGGCUACGAUCUAGGUAGGCUCCGGGAAAAUUUGGGGAAAAUGGGGAUCACUAUCACAGGGGACAACCAGGCACAUUUCAUCAACGCGGAUGGUACGCUCGAAACCAGACUCAGGGCGUUUUUUCAAGAUGCCAUGAAUAAUUUCGACUUCUUCUUGGUAGUCCUGCCGGACAAAAGUGGGACAUACCAUAUUGUCAAGAGGCUGGCCGAUAUCGAAAUUGGAGUCAAGACGGUCUGCAUCCUCGCGAACGUGUUGUCGGAUAAUAAGAAGAAUACUCCGAGUCUCGCUGGGAACCUCGCUCUGAAACUCAACUUGAAAUUUGGGUACGGGAAUCAAACAGUUCAGAGCCCAAAUCUAGGCCAGAUUAUCGACCUAGAGGAGACGAUGAUCGUAGGAAUUGAUGUUACGCAUUCACCGGUCCAUGGGGAUUCUAGCAUUGCGGGGAUGGUAGCAAGCUGCGAUCCGCGACUUGCGCAAUGGCCUGCUGUUCUACGACGCCAAGUUGAGGCCCGUCAGGAGAUGGUGUCACACCUACAGGAGAUGUUCACGACUCGGCUCAGACUAUGGGCAAAUAAGAAUAAUAAUAAAUACCCACGGAACAUACUCGUUUACCGCGAUGGUGUCUCUGAAGGCCAAUACAGCCAGGUUCUCAAGAAGGAACUUGAACAACUGAGGGAGGCCUGUAAGAGUAUUUACAGGAAUGGGGAAACGCCAAAUAUCACCAUUAUUAUCGUUGCCAAACGGCAUCACACCCGAUUCUUCGUAAAUAAGGAGGAGGAGAAGGGUAAGAAAAAUAACACGGGGAAUCCAGCGCCAGGGACAGUCGUUGAUCGCGGGGUGACUGAAGCCGUCACUUGGGAUUUCUUCUUGCAGCCUCACAACCCAUUUAAGGGUGUAGCUCGCCCAACUCAUUAUUUUGUUGUAUACGACCAAAUAUUUCGGGAAUUGCACAAGCAGAACGCAGCCAAUCAACUUGAGCUUUUCACUUUGGGCUUGUGCUACUUAUUCGGCCGCACAACCAACGCCGUUGGCGUUUGCACACCAGCAUACUAUGCGGAUCUCGUUUGUGAGAGGGGUAAACACUAUUACAAAAAUAGGGCUGCUACUCAGGAGACGGGCGAUGCCAUUCCCGGAAGUAAUGGUCUCACAGUCCACGAAAAUCUCAAAGAUGGAAUGUUCUACAUCUGAGGAGUUGGUGGCGGCAUGAGGAAUAGCCCUUGGGGCUCUUGUUCUUGAAUUGCGAUGGUUUAUGGUUUCU